UGAAGUCAAGCACAAAAACAGUUUGAUAGUCAGAGCGGAUUGUAAGUGAAGCAAGAGCGGCGACUUUUUAUUUUAUUUAUUCUAGACGUACUUUCACGUUGCAUUAUUGUUGAAUAUUAUAACGGAACUGCAUCCGAUCAUUGCCAACCGCACUUAAGUUAGGUCAAAUACACAGCUAAUGCUAACUGCACGCGGCUUACCAGAUGCUCUGGGCGAGGAAGUGCGUGUUAACAUUUAAUGUGCACUAAACACAUUAGACCGGUGCAACUUAUUAGUACGACACUCUGUAACCAGAGGACAUUUUAAUAUUUAAUACGACGAGCCAAUGACGAACUCCGAUUGGGUUUGUUGACACGCGACGCACAGCACUUGCUCUCUUAUUUUGACACUCAUGCGACAGUGAGAUGGGUUGAGGUUGUCACGACUUUGAAAAUUACAGACCGCGUUUGUCCGAUCGCCUUUGGCUUUGAUCUAUUUGUGAUACUAUCCGUGACGUCAGCCGGUUAAUCGUUAAUUUCCGAUCACGCCGCGCGUAACGACGUUCAGUCGCGCCGGCUUGAAGCAACUGGAAAUAAAAAAAAGUUCCUGUCUGGGUUCACCGGUGUCAUGGGGUCUAACGGAGACCUAAACGCAAACUCAGAGUGUUUCAGCAGCACUGGGGAUUUGAUCCUCGACAAAGCGAUAAAUCAGUGGAUUACCUGGGAUAAGAAUCCACAGACACAGGAGCAGAUCCUUUCCCUGGUUCGGGAGGGGCGCGUGGCCGAACUAAAGAGGAGGUUGUGCUCCAGGAUGACGUUUGGAACGGCCGGUCUGAGAGCUGCCAUGGGUGCAGGGUUUGCUUGCAUCAAUGACCUAACCGUCAUACAGUCUACACAGGGGAUGUUCAAAUACUUAGCCAAAUAUUUUCCUGACCUGCACACAAGGGGCCUGGUGGUCGGAUAUGACACUCGUGGCCAAGCAAGCAGUGGCUGCACCAGUGAACGACUUGCGAGGUUGACCGCAGCUGUUAUGCUUUCUAAAGAUAUUCCCGUUUAUCUGUUCUCUACAUAUGUGCCUACCCCAUUUGUGCCGUAUGCAGUGCUGAAGUUUGGUGCUGCAGCUGGAGUUAUGAUCACUGCUUCUCAUAACAGAAAAGAAGACAAUGGAUACAAGGUCUACUGGCACAAUGGUGCGCAGAUCUCUUCACCACAUGAUAAGGAGAUCUUGCGUUGCAUUGAGGAGAGUACCGAACCAUGGCUUGAGUCUUGGAACGAGGGCCUAGUCGAGAGCAGUCCGCUAAGGAGAGACCCACUGGAGGAAAUCUGCCGCUGGUACAUGGAAGAGCUAAGAACUGUCUGCUUCCACAGAGAACUUAAUGCAAAGUCACCGCUGAAGUUUGUGCAUUCAUCUUUCCAUGGUGUUGCUCACAAUUACGUCCAGAGAGCUUUUCAGCAGUUUGGCUUUGCUCCUCCAAUACCUGUUCCAGAACAGAAAGAUCCAGAUCCAGAUUUUUCCACUGUCAGUUGUCCUAACCCAGAGGAAGGAGAAUCAGUUCUGGAGCUUUCUCUUCGUUUGGCUGAAAGAGAAAGCGCGUCUGUUGUGGUGGCCACUGACCCUGAUGCUGAUCGAUUGGCUGUUGCGGAGCAGAAUGACAAUUCCGGUUGGAAAGUGUUCACUGGAAAUGAAUUGGCUGCAUUGCUAGGCUGGUGGAUGUUAUUUAAUUGGAAGGAAACUCACCCAGAUCCAGCGGACACAGAGAGCGUGUGCAUGCUAGCCACCACAGUUUCGUCCAAAAUACUGAAGGCCUUUGCAAGCAUAGAAGGUUUUCAUUUUGAGGAAACGUUACCUGGAUUCAAAUGGAUCGGGAACAGAAUCUAUGAGUUAACAAAAAUGGGAAAGGAUGUCAUUUUCUCUUUUGAAGAGUCCAUUGGGUUUCUGUGUGGGAACAUGGUUCUUGAUAAGGAUGGAGUCAGCACAGCUGUUAUUGUGGCUGAGAUGGCUGCUUAUCUACACACCAAAAAUCUUUCACUGAGUCAACAACUGUGCAACAUCUAUGAAAUAUACGGCUAUCACAUUUCCAGAACCUCCUAUGUCAUCUGCAACGACCCCCUCACUAUUAAUAAAAUAUUUAGCCGUCUACGCAACUUUGGAAAUCAGGGUGUAUAUCCAGCAUUAUGUGGUGGUUACUGCAUCACACACAUUAGAGAUGUGACCACUGGUUAUGACAGCAGUCAGCCGGAUAAAAAAUGUGUCCUUCCCUUGUCAAAAAACAGCCAAAUGGUCACAUUCACAUUUCAGAAUGGCAUUGUUGCUACUCUACGGACCAGCGGGACUGAGCCAAAGAUCAAGUAUUAUACAGAGUUCUGUGCUUCACCAGGAGAACGUGAUAUCUCCAGCCUGGAGGAGGAAUUAACAAAAGUGACCACAGCUGUAGUGGAAGAGUUUUUAGAGCCCGAUAAGAACAACCUGAUUCGCAGAUCACUAUAGCUUUAUUUUAGAUGUUGUGGCAAGUUUGUUGUCCUCAGUGGUAUCAUGUUAAAAAAUAGUUCCAAAAGCAUUUCAGUGAAGCGUCCUGUGAAUAUUAUUUUAGCACUGUGAAAUUAUUUGAAGCAUAUUUAUUUUAUGUCUCUCCUCUUAAGUAAAUAAAUGACUGCUUGUUUUUGUUUUCAAGUGAUUUGUUUUCUUUUGAACACCACUGUGAAUGGAUCUCAGUCAGAGAGAAUAAAGUUUUAUUUUGUAGCGUUUUUCAAGAACUUAAAUUGGACUUGGUGUGUUGUGUAUUAUUUGCAUUGUAGUUCUUUUGUAUAGGACAGUUGUCAUUUGAUACGUUUUAUUUCUCAUUUGUUUUCUCCGAGACUUUACUGAUGGAGGUGCUGCUACCUUUUAAAGCUCUAUGAGCAUGUGUAUUUGUGUGUAUUUAUGAGCUUGCGUGCAUACAGUAUAUAGAAAUAUUGACGCUCGCACACAGUGUUCGUAAGCAUUGAUAAUCAGGAAGAAGGCAGGGUUGCAUCUUCUUGAUGCUUUGUUUUAAUAUGCUGGAAACGCACAGGGUUUGCAAAUAAGAGAAAUCUGCUACUGUCAAUGUCAAGACAAAUAUUUUAAAAGAGCAUAUUCUUUGUUUUUGAAAGAACAGAAUUUAUUUUGUUUCAUGGGUAGAUUUUACACUACUAGAUGCAAUGAAUGUAUGCUUGACAUUCUCCUCCCUAUUCAGUAGCUUAUACCUUAUGCUAAAAGUAACAAUAUUUAGGCGUAUUUUUCUUGCUUAUACUGUAGUUUAAAUGCAAGUGCAGUGUUCAAUUUUGAAAAUACAUAUUUAUGAAAUUGCAAUAAUAAAAAUGACCACUUGUUGUUGCUUUAUAUUUUCAAUCGAAGCCACUCUUUUGUUUUAUGGUGUUAGUACCCUUUCUUCAUAAAUUUGAAUGAACUUAUAAUUUCAAGAUUGAAUGUGUGCCAUUUAAUACCCAGACUGCUUGUGUUGUACUAUACCGUGUGCACAUUACAGAUAUUUUCCAUAUGUUGUUUGGUUGAAACAUAAAUUAAUCUUUAAGAAAAUGUGUUUGUUAGACAAAUUAUUUUUUUUGUAAACAUUUACAGAAGUGAAACAAAUUGUUUUGCAGGUUCUUUGAAAGAAAAGAAUCUGCUCAAGACUAGCAUAAAGAGUUACCUAUUGUAACUUUUAAGGGUAAAUUAAAAUAAAAAUGUUUUGUAUGAGC